AUGAAGAAGAAGAUGGAGUCCAUACUGAGAAGAUGCAAGACGCUGUCGAGGCAGCUUCGAAGGACCUCCUCCUCCUCUUACUCCACCUUCAUUAGAUCCAUGUCCAUGUCCUCCACCUCUCAUUCGCACUACACCGAGCUCUCGUCCUGCCGUUCGCCGGAGAAGAUUCCGCCGCCGCCGGACGACGAUUCAUCCAACGAGACAGUUUUGGUGGGGAGUUCCCGGAGAAGAUACGUCCUCACCUCCAAGCACCUCACCCACCCUCUCCUCAAUGCCCUAAUCCGGAAAUCCAAAACAAAUACCCAUGAUUCGGAUUCGGAUCUGUCCGUCAAAUGCGAGGUCGUCCUCUUCGAUCAUCUCCUCUGGAUGCUCGAUAAUACGGAUCCGAGUCUCGGGUCGGACUCCCUGGAAGAGCUUGCAGAACUGUACGUUUACUGAUGAUCCAGGAUCCAAUCAAACUUCGGGUCAUAUAUAUAUAUAUUUACUGUUAUAUUCACGUGUAAAAGAAUAAUAUGAAAUUUUGCAAAUUUUAUAAUUGAUGAGUAAAUGACAAGUUAUUUCUUAUUACUA